AUGCUCCAACCACGGCAGCUGCUUCUCCUCCUUCUCGCCCUCCUCCUCUCCCACCUAGUCCUCCUCGAUGCGGCGCCCAGCACCAACAACUGGGCCGUGCUCGUCUGUUCGGUCAGUCCCGGAUGCCGCGUCCGAUCGGCCCCUAUUUGACAGCCCCGCUUGAGCUGAUGCGUGUUCGUCCAACGCGCUCACCAGUCAAGGUUCUGGUUCAACUAUAGGGUAACUAUGCAGUGGCCGAUGCCUCGGGCGACGAGCUGACACCUACGCUGUGAUCGACCCCCCCCCCCCCACCACAUGCUCUUCGUGCGACGUAUCCUCGGCCGACCCCUUUCCGUGCGACCGACCCAGCAUAUGGCCAAUACACUUGCCAUGUAAGUUGCAUCACCCUUCAAACCCCCCCUACCUUUCCUCCAGCUGACGACCUGCCUCCCCCCAGGUAUCGUACCGUCAAACGGCUCGGGAUCCCCGACUCUCAAAUCAUCCUGAUGCUAGCCGACGACGUCGCGUGCAACCCUCGCAACCCGUUCGCCGGUACGGUCUACUCGAACGCCGACCGUCGCUACGACCUCUACGGUACCUCGAUCGAGGUCGACUACAAAGGCGAAGAAGUCAGCGUCGAGACCUUCCUCCGACUCUUGUCCGGUCGGGUUCCCGAGAGCACUCCCGUCAACAAGCGCUUGUUGACGGACGAGAGGAGUAAUAUCUUCAUCUACAUGACCGGACAUGGUGGGGACGAGUUCCUCAAGUUUCAAGACUCGGAAGAGGUUUCGGCGUUCGAUCUGGCCGAUGCGUUGGGAGCGAUGUGGGAGAAGAAGAGGUGGGUCGGGUUCGAUGAAGACCGAGGUGGAUUCUCAUCGAUGAAUCCGUCUACCGCGUCCCACAGGUACCACGAGAUCCUCUUCAUGGUCGACACCUGUCAAGCCAAUACGCUCUACACCAAAUUCUACUCACCCAACAUCAUCGCGACCGGUUCGAGCGCAAAGGGGGAAAACUCUUAUUCCGUCAGUCUCGGUUGGGCUUGAGGUCUAGCGAGACUCGCACACUAACGCUGAUCCUCCGACAGCACCACGCUGAUAACGACAUUGGCGUCGCUGUCACCGACCGAUACACACACCACGUGCUCAACUACCUUGAAGGUAUCAACAAGACUUCGAACGCAACUCUGCAAGAUUUGGUCAGUUCGCCCCCCCCCCCCCCCCCCCCCCAGACGGCAUCUCCCCCGCACCGCUGAAACUGACUCCACCCCUCCCCUCCCCCUGCCCACAAAGUUCGACACGUUCUCCUUUGAGAAAUUCGAAUCCAACGCCGGCAUUCGUACGGACCUCUACCCUCGCCCCGUCGAUCAAGUCCUCCUGACUGACUUUUUCGGUGGAGUUGCCCAAGUCGAAAUUUCCACCGAGGAAGAAUUCGAUUCUUCAAUCGAGCUCGAUGACAAUGUCGAUGACUCGACGACAUCGGAAAAAGAAGUCGUCCCAAUGCCUUUGAUCCCUCUAAAAAGACGACUUCUUUCAACUUCCAUCGCUUCAACUGGUUCCGAAAAAGUUUACAAAGGGGAAACGAUCCGACUUUAUUCGAUCAUCACCGUCGUACUCGUUUUGGUCGGUUUGCAGGUCUUGGCUACGAUAGUGGGUCAGGCAAGCGGGGUCAUUGAGGGGGUAAAGACGAAGGUCUCCUAG